AGGGCGAUCUUCGCGAUCGCGGUGGCGGCAUCGCUGUUCGUGCUCCUCGGCUACGGGGUGGUCAUACGCCCAGAGAUAUCCAAGCCCGUCAUCUUCUAUUUCGUCAUGCGGUGCCUGAACCUGCAGAUCAACGGGGCGCUCUUCUAUUUCUUCACCGACCCGCCCUCGGCCCUGGCCGACGGGCCGCACCUCUCGCCGGUCUUCUACGUCACGGCCGUGACCUCGGUCGCGGUGGUUGGCCGCAUGGUCGGCUUCAUCACGGCGAAGUCCCUGCUGAGCCACUGGCGGUACGACCGGGCCUUGCUCGCAGCCGUGCCGCUG